AUGAAUAACCUGGCAUCGACCGACCUUUCCUCUAUCCUUUCCGCCUCCAAAGACUUGACAAAACACCUUUUGAACUCUAAACCACCCGAUUUGCCGUCAGUGAAUCUUUCUCUUGAACAAAUCGAAGCUCAGUCGCGGAGGUUGGUGUCAAAACACAAUGCAGCUGGAGAUGUGGAUAAAGCAAACUAUCUUCUUGCGCAGGCAUCAGUAAACGGUUCAGCUCUAAGCCAGUCCAUCGCUCAUCUCAAUGCAUCGACCACUUUUUCUUCUUCUUCUUUGCAACCUUUACAAGACACUGAUGUUUCCUCCUUUCUCCGACACGCUCAUGAGCAAAAUCUUAUUAGUACGAUCGAACAUGGCAGAAAGGAAACCCAGGAGAGCUUCUACCGUAUGUUGGAAGACCGAACAGCGAGAGACUGGGAGGUAAAGAAGAAGAGGUUAUUCGAGCAGCUGGGAGCCUCUGUACCUGUAGCAGCGUCUACGUCUUUGGCGGCCUCAACUAUGGGAAUGUCGAGUUCAACGAUGAAGAAACAGGCGUCAUCAUCCGCUCCACUCUCACUCCAAAUGCACACCAAAAUGCUUGCCUACGACCGCACAAUCGUUGCUCUCAACUCUGCACGACUUGGAGGGACAUCAUUCCCUAUCGUCCAUGCUUUGAUCGACGCGGCAAACAGCAACAAUCAAAUAGUUUUCAUGUUCACUGUUCUCGCUAAUAUCACCCAAGAGCCACCAUCACUACCACCGUUGGAACAUGCCUCUGCUCACAUACUUAACUCCCCCGUUUUUGAGCGGAAGUACGCGAAGGCAUAUCUCACUUCUCAGACCCCGGCGAUUUCACUAAGAAAACAAAUCGCGUCUGGGGCACGUCAAGCGCUCGAAGAACAAUAUCUUUCCAUCAUCCAGCGAACUGUCCACUCCCAUCCAUCUGAAGCCCAGCUAGGAGGGGAUCCCUCGACCGCUAACCUGGUUCGGGCCUUCUGUGCCGUGAGGUUUUACCGACAAGGAGAAUGGUUAUCAGGAUUAGAGUUGGUGAAAGGCACACCAGUCUGGGCGCAAGUUUUCUUCCUCGUCCGAGUUGGAGAGGUCUCAGAGGCAUUCCAAGUGCUAAUGCGCGUCAAAGACGCCGUCGAUGCACGCGAACCAGGAUUUAUCGACGCUUUCCGUAUCUGGGCUGACUCGACUGAGCGCUCCCUCCCUCGAUCCAUACGGGAUCAGCUUGCUGGGGUAUAUAAUGCGCACAUGUUACAGGCUCAGACAACGGAUCCGUUCAAACUCGCUCUGUAUAAACUCGUUGCGCGGCUCGAUGCUGCGCGGCGGAGUAUACCCAAUGUCACCACCACAACUGAAGACUGGUUGUGGAUGCAGUUCGCUAUGGUCGACGAAAGCUCUAGCGAUGAAAAUGAUGAAAGUUCAUUGGCUUCUUUAACCAAAGUUUUGCUGGCUUAUGGAGAGAGGCACUUCGAGCCUGCUACAGGAACCGGAGGGCAAAAGUCGGGGCUUUGGGCCAGUGUGUUGUUGAUGUGUGGACAAUUCGAAAGAGCCGUCGCAUCUCUUUGGGAUCAUGAUUCGGGAGGAAGCUUACAAGUCGAAGCCGUACACCUUGCCGUAGCGCUUGCAUAUCACGGACUGCUGAGAGUUUCGAGUAAAGCAGAAGGGAGUGAUGUUGAUAUAUUGACCCUUUCCCCUUCUACCACCGGAGCCCAACAUAUACCCUCUCUGGCACUGCAUACUCUUAUAUGGCGGUAUAUCCGACAGUUCGUCAAGAUGGAUGCAAAAGAAGGAUUACAGUAUGUCUACAUCCUUCCGCUCUCCGCCGAUCAGCCUUCGCCUCCUGGCGUUGGUCGCGAACAACUAGAGGCGGCAUGGGAACUUGUAAGGAGGAUCAUCGUGAUGGCAAACGGAGGACCGAUGUGGGAAGAACUUGUUGGUGGCGUAAGGGGAGAUGGAACGCGGUUCCCUGGUGUGAUCCCCACUCACUUGCCUCUUCUCCGUCUCUCACUAUCCUCCUCUUCCAACACCUACCCAUCUCCGCAAGCGCUAUCUUCAUCGUCUUCUUUCGGACCUCCUACUCUCCAGACUUCCGACUACAAAUCACAAAUUCUCCUUCCCACCGCGUCUUCUCUACUCUCAAAUGAUCGUCUUACCGAAGCAAUCAAGCUGUACGACCUAGCAGGCGAAUAUGACACUGUUGUCGGCUGUCUCGCCCAAGCGCUUGGUAACUUGGUCACAUCUGGAAGCACGACCUCGGGCCUAGGAGCAGGAGGAAUGACUUGGUCCGCGACUGGAGACCAACAGGACCGGACGAAGGAACUGGAAAAAACUGCUCGCGAAAUCCUCACUGUGUACGAACGCUUGGGUCGAGGCACCGGGCUUGGUGUCUCUGGGCCCAGUGGAUCCAACACAGGCGGAAAAGAUCGUGAUGCGUGCGUAAAAUUGCUGAAAAUCCUAGAAGCAAGUGAGAGGGGACGGGAUGGGCACGUCGAACGAGCUCUGGAGAUUAUUGAAUCCACCGCCCUAGUCCCCCUAGAUGUUGCCACCACAAGCGGUAAAGAGAGUGAGGUUGACGUAAUGAAGGUAACAAAGAAAGCGGAAGAAUUCACCCAGCAGCACGAAGCAUUGCAGAGGUGUUUACCAGUGUAUCUUGUUCUGUGUAUGGAUGCCCUGUCCGGUGUUGCUUCCAAAAUAAAAUCCGGUGGAGGAGUUCAUGCUGGGGAAGCACAAAGACAUGCGACGCUUGCAAUCCUGCGAAAGAAAAGUCGUGCAUUAAUGGUGUAUGCGGGACUACUCAAAUACCGAAUGAGCCCGGAGGUGUAUGGUUAUUUAGCAAGAGGGGAUGUGGAAAUUGCUUUAUAA